UGAUAGAGAAUAAACUAUUCAGAAUUUGUGUAAGCAUUGAUCAUGAAUGGAGCAAUUUUGUUUAGCUUAGCUAUUAGUUUGAUGCUGAUAGCGUUGACUCGCGCCCAAAACAACACUCACGAUGAUGAUUUGGGAAUGAUGCAGUAUGCCAAGAUCGGUGCAAAGGUUUGCAUGGACGAUCUUGGCUGUUUCGAGAUUACGAAAGAUUUCUUCCACCUCUUGUACCGUCCAAUCAACAUGUUGCCCAAUGACAGGGCAACCGUAGGUACGGAGUUCCACCUCUACACCAAAAAGCAUCCCAUGGAGUUCAAUCUGGUGAAGUUCAACGACAAGGCGAGCAUGAAGGAGCUGGACAUCACACAUAGGACGGUAUUCAUUAUUCACGGAUUCAUCGACAGCAAGUACUAUGGAAAGUGGAUGGAAUCCUUGAAAGACCACAUUCUGCUUUCGAAUGACUUCAACGUCAUCAUCGUUGAUUGGAGUAAAGGAAACACUCUACCUUACACCAAGGCAACAGCCAACUGCAGAGUUGUGGGUGCCGAGAUUGCUCUGCUCAUCGAAAAUCUAAUUAAAUACAUGAAUGUUGAUCCGAUGAAGGUUCAUCUUGUGGGUCACAGUCUCGGUGCACACAUCGCUGGAUAUGCUGGAGAGAGACUCAAGAAACUGGGCAGAAUCACUGGUUUAGAUCCUGCAGCACCCUAUUUUCAGUAUAUGCCGCCCUCUGUGAGACUCGACCCAACCGAUGCAGAUUUCGUUGAUAUUAUUCAUACAGAUUCUUCAUCUAUCAUGCUUUUGGCUUUGGGAAUGAAACAGGAAGUAGGUCAUGUUGAUUUCUACCCCAACAACGGAAUGAAACAGCCAGGAUGUGGAACAGCUGGUAUUCAUUCUAUAUUCUUGGAAGGAUUGGUAGAUGCUUCCAGGCAGUUUAUGUCAUGUAAUCAUCAACGAGCAACCGAAUACUUUAUCUACUCCAUCAACCACAGACGUGCCCAGCCUGUCGGGUUUCAGUGUGCCAAUUGGUUAGAUUUCUUGGCCGGUAAGUGUUCCGACUGCAGUCAGCAGAGAUGUGCCAUCAUGGGAAUGUAUGCAGAAGAGUACAGACGAUUCAAGGAUAACAAGAAAUCCAAAACGUUUUAUGUCACGACUUCCACCAAGAGACCGUACUGGGAAUACGUGUUUCACAUCACAAUAAAACUAUUCAAACCAAAAAAAGGAAGCCAGGAUAAGAGAGGCACCAUUAAUAUUGAGAUUCAGGGAGAUCAAAGAAGUUACAACGCCAAAUACGAAGCAACCGAUUUGGCAAAUGGAGCUGCUUAUUCUUUUCUGGUGAGGCAGCCUCAGCACCUGGGUGUGAUCAAAGGAGUGACCGUCAAGUGGACGUCUAAGACUUUCAGCUUGCUCUCCUCUCAUAACCUAAAUCUGGAACACGUCAUCAUCAAAUCCUUAAACGCCGGAGAUGAAUCGUCACAAAAACAACAAACGAAAAAAUUCUGCAACAAAGGAAACAAGCCAAUUGCCUCGAAAAAGAGCGCCAUUUUAUCUGCCUGUGUAUGAAUAUGAUGCCAGAACAUAAAUAAAGUUACAAUGAAGC